AUGAUGCGCAACAGCACCGUCACAGCAGCGCGCAGCGUACGUGCGAGGUGCACGCCUGCCACGAUUCUCGGCACCACACGAGUGCGAACAUUGACAAGCUCAGGCUCACGACGCAGUGCCAACGUCGUCGCGUCGUCGACGUCGGAGCAAGAGCAGAUCACAGCGGGCGAGCAAAAGAUCCGAGAGCUGUUGACCACCAAAUUCCAGCCAUCCAUGCUCAAGGUGCAGGACGUCAGCGGUGGAUGCGGAAGCUUCUACGCCAUCCAGCUGAGCUCAAAGCAGUUCAACGGCCUGUCGACCGUGAAAGCGCAUCGAAUGGUGAAUGAGCAGUUGAAGCAUGUCAUCAAGGAUAUCCAUGGUCUCCAGUUGCGCACCAUGCCCGAAGACUAG